ACACGAGAGACGUGUUACUUUGACAGUUCCGGGAAAAGACACGGGAAUUAUCUUGAGACUGAGAUUUAACAAAAGGAUCUGAUUUACAUGAUUUAUGUCUUCUAAUGAAAAAAUGCGACGUGUUGUAUUUCUAGGCUGUCAAACGUGCACGUGUCGGAAACAGGAAUAACACGUUAAUAAAUCGUUUUAAACAGUUGUCAGCAUGCUCGGCCGAAAUUUAGUUUUGCAAAGCCUCAGGAGUAUACGAGAUAGGUUUUUUGAUACAAGACAACAAAGUGAUGGUUGGUCUGAGCCAGACCAUGACGUCACCGGCCCCACUCUCGACAAUUUGUCGGUUGACAUGCAGUUUCAUAUAAUGACAUUCCUCACUCCACAAGACCUCUGCAGACUGGGAGGCACGAGUACAUACUGGCGGUCAAUGGUCAGAGACCCUGUGCUGUGGAAGUACUUUCUGCUGCGUGAUUUGCCACAGUGGCAGUCAGUUGACCAUUUGUCGAUGCCUGAGGUCAAGCUCACUGGCGUGUCAUUGUUGGGGGACACUGAGAUGAAGCAGUUUGAUUAUAUGGCUGAGUAUCUACGGGUCUGCCCAGCCUGUCGCAACCAAUGGAGACAGUUACCUAAGGCCACGUUUGAAUCCGUCACUUGUUUCUUCAACUCCUUUGUACCGGUUACAGAGCCACAGUUCGCCAUGUUUGGACCAGGACUUGAACAGUUACAGUUUUCUCUGUUGACUAAGAUGAUCCAGUCCCCUGAUGUACUGCCUAUAGCAGGAAUACCUCAACGUCAGAUUGACGGCAUUGGAUCUGGAAUCAGUUUUAAGUACAAAGAUCAACACAGAUUCAAUAUUAUAACUCUGUAUUCAACUAACAAGACAGACAGAGAGAGGGCCCGUCUGGAGAACCGAGGUCUGCGCAGUAAACUUUUUGUCUAUCAGCAGGAUAGUGAGUCCAAUAUGCCAGUAGAUCUUAACCCUGGGUUUAAUCAAAUGUGUCAGACUGUGAACGGAUUCAUCUUUGUGGCAAACGUUGAGACGGAAGGAUCUGACAGAACAUGGGAGGAGCAGAGCGCUCAGAUAAGGAUCAUGUUGGCCCCUGUGGUGGGUUCUGUCUCCCGGCCCAUCCUAGUGCUCUCUUGUGUAUCUAGAGAAGCUGCAGACAGACACAGGAUUCCAUGCGUGACUGUGGCCAAUCAUCUUCAGCUCAGCUUACUGUCUAACCCUUGGAUGGUACAGAACACAGCUGCAGAAACGCUUACAGGACUACUGGAUGGAAUUGAUUGGCUACUGAGAAACUCCGGGGUUCAACUGUAAUUUAUAAGACUGUACCUGCUGGAUGCACUUUAUUAUUAAAAGCAUAUCAUUGAUGCUUUCAGACAAAUAUUAAGACAUAAGACACAGUUUACACCAUUACAGGUGUUUGUACCAUUGGUGGGGACCACUGUAAUACAGUGGAUCUGAUUUUGAGUUAUGAAAUACAUUUACUUUUAUCCAAAGAGACUUACAUUGCAUUAUCCUAUAUAUUUUUAUACAUAGGUAUCUGCAAUCUCAUGGGAUCCAACACACGACCUUGCAUUGUUAACGCAAUGCUCUUACCACUGAGCUACAGGAAAGCUUAUAGGGUUGUAACAAUUCACCAUGGGCUGGUUGAAAAUAUAUUAUAAUAUGUGAAGAUCCAGUUGAGAUGUUAUCUGAAUCGCACUAUAUUUUUUGAACAGCAGGUGGUGCUGUGUUAAAAGUGGAAAUGCUGUUAUUUUUAGAAUGUAAAAAAGAUCCAAGUCUUGGCUCUUUGCAUUUUAGAGACUUUUUUAUUUGAUUAUGAAUUUGUUUUGUUUACCAAAUCAAUUUUAUUUGACAAGGAAAUGUGCAGAAUUUGAGAAAUAAUACAAGGGCAGUAUCGCAUCGCAUCAUGAGCUGAGUGAAUCGUUACACUCCUGUUAAUAAAUAUAGUGUCUUACAUUUAUUUCAAUGCAGUAUGUAGACAGUAUGGUACAUGUUUGGUGUCUAAAAUAUGUUGCUAUUAAAUGAUUGUCAUUUAAACUGUUAA